GCCGGCUGACAGGCGGUUCCUCGGGCGGGCUGCGGUGGCGGCCGGAGCGCCUCUCCUUCGCCAAGGUUGCGCGACCCUCCUUCGCCGUGCCCCGGGCCCGCGCGGGAUUGUGCGUCCUCUCCCCCCGUCCCUGAAGGGAAGGAACCGAGGCGGCGGCAGUAGCGGCGGCGGCGCCCGGGAGUCCUAGCCUUCGCAGCGUCCCCGUCCCUCCCCCGUCGCACCCCGCCCGGGCAGAGCAGGGAGCGCGAGAGCCCGAGCCGCGGGGCGGGCGGCGAAGAUGGCAGAGGCGCCGGCCUCCCCGGCCCCGCUCUCUCCGCUCGAAGUGGAGCUGGACCCGGAGUUCGAGCCGCAGAGCCGACCGCGCUCCUGUACGUGGCCCCUGCAGAGGCCGGAGCUCCAGGGAAGCCCGGCCAAACCCUCGGGGGAGGCGGCUGCUGAUUCCAUGAUCCCCGAGGAGGAGGACGAUGAAGACGACGAGGACGGCGGCGGUCGGGCCGGCUCGGCCAUGGCGAUCGGCGGCGGCGGGAGCAGCACGCUGGGAGCCGGGAUGCUCCUUGAGGACUCGGCUCGGCUGCUGGCUCCCGGAGGGCAGGACCCGGGGUCUGGGCCAGCCCCCGCGGCGGGCGCGCCGAGCGGAGGGACGCAGACGCCGCUGCAGCCUCAGCAGCCACUGCCACCACCGCAGCCGGGGGCGGCUGGGGGCUCCGGGCAGCCGAGGAAAUGCUCGUCGCGGCGGAACGCCUGGGGGAACCUGUCCUACGCCGACCUGAUCACUCGCGCCAUCCAGAGCUCCCCGGACCAACGGCUCACUCUGUCCCAGAUUUACGAGUGGAUGGUGCGCUGCGUGCCCUACUUCAAUGAUAAGGGCGACAGCAACAGCUCUGCCGGCUGGAAGAAUUCUAUCCGACACAACCUCUCGCUACACAGCCGGUUCAUGCGGGUCCAGAAUGAGGGGACUGGCAAGAGCUCUUGGUGGAUCAUCAACCCCGACGGAGGGAAGAGCGGGAAGGCACCCCGCCGGCGGGCUGUCUCCAUGGACAACAGCAACAAGUAUACCAAGAGCCGUAGCCGUGCAGCCAAGAAGAAGGCAGCCCUGCAAACAGCUCCUGAGUCAGCAGACGACAGUCCCUCCCAGCUCUCCAAGUGGCCUGGCAGCCCCACAUCUCGCAGCAGCGAUGAGCUGGAUGCAUGGACGGAUUUUCGCUCACGCACCAACUCCAAUGCCAGCACGGUCAGCGGCCGCCUAUCGCCCAUCCUGGCGGGCACAGAGCUGGAUGAUGUCCAGGAUGACGACGCGCCACUCUCCCCCAUGCUUUAUAGCAGCUCAGCCAGCCUCUCACCCUCCGUAAGCAAGCCGUGCACUGUGGAGCUGCCCCGGCUGACUGACAUGGCCGGCACCAUGAAUCUGAAUGAUGGUCUGGCUGACAACCUCAUGGAUGACCUGCUGGAUAACAUCCCGCUCCCACCGUCCCAGCCGUCCCCCACCGCGGGGCUCAUGCAGAGGAGCUCUAGCUUCCCAUACACCACCAAGGGCUCCGGCCUGGGCUCUCCAACCAGCUCCUUCAACAGCACAGUGUUUGGACCCUCAUCUCUGAAUUCCCUGCGCCAGUCUCCCAUGCAGACCAUCCAAGAGAACAAGCCAGCCACCUUCUCUUCCAUGCCGCACUAUGGCACCCAGACACUCCAGGACCUGCUCACUUCAGACUCACUCAGCCACAGCGAUGUCAUGAUGACCCAGUCGGACCCCUUGAUGUCUCAGGCCAGCACCGCUGUGUCUGCCCAGAACUCCCGCCGCAAUGUGAUGCUUCGCAAUGACCCAAUGAUGUCCUUUGCGGCCCAGCCUAACCAGGGGAGUUUGGUCAACCAGAACUUGCUCCACCACCAGCACCAGACCCAGGGCGCUCUCAGUGGCAGCCGUGCCUUGUCUAAUUCUGUCAGCAACAUGGGCUUGAGCGAUUCUAGCAGCCUCGGGUCAGCCAAACACCAGCAGCAGUCUCUUGUCAGCCAGUCUAUGCAAACCCUCUCGGACUCUCUCUCAGGCUCCUCUUUGUACUCAACCAGUGCAAACCUUUCCGUCAUGGGCCACGAGAAGUUCCCCAGCGACCUGGACCUGGACAUGUUCAAUGGGAGCUUGGAAUGUGACAUGGAGUCCAUUAUUCGCAGUGACCUCAUGGAUGCCGAUGGGUUGGAUUUUAACUUUGAUUCCCUCAUCUCCACACAGAACGUUGUUGGUUUGAACGUGGGGAACUUCACUGGUGCUAAGCAGGCCUCAUCUCAGAGCUGGGUGCCAGGCUGAAGGCUCACGGAGGAAAGGGGAAGUGGGCAAAGCAGACCCUCAAACUGACACAAGACCUACAAAGAAAACCCUUUGCCAAAUCUGCUCAGCAAGUGGACAGUGACACCGUUUACAGCUUAACCCCUUUGUGAGCCCCACGCCAUCUUCCUGACCCAGCGGAGACUGUUAACGGCCCCUUACCCUGGAACAGAACUCUCUAUAUAAAGUAUGCAAACCUUCCUUGUACGAGGUGACGCGCCCCCGCCCACGCCCGCGCAGGACAGCACCCGCCAGCACCGCCCACCUCGGUCAGAGCACACCGGGAGCCCCCGUUGGCGAUUCUGUGGUUUCAUAUCAUGAUGGUUUAUGGGAUGUUUUAAGUGUUGUGUGUUUGUUUUCCUUUGACUUUCUGAGUUUUUCACAUGCAUUACCUUGCGGUAUUUUUCUGUUAAAAUGUUAACCAUUCUUCCCUCGGCAGAUUUAAAAACAGAAGGAAAAUGUACCAGUUACCAUUUUGGCUUUGGGCACCACGAGUGGUUGAGCCCCUGGAACUCCAUAAACUAACAAAUUACAUAAACUCGAGGGGGAUAUUCUUUCUUCUUUUGUUUGGCAGAAAAGGAUCCUUUUCUAAAAACUGAACAAUGGCACAACUGUUCGCUGUGCGCACCCAUCCAGGACUGAACCCUGCAUAGGCAAAACGAACGGACCACAGCCACCGGCCCAGUGGGUUUCGGUUCUGAGUCAGGGUAGUUGGGGGACGAAACCCCAGCACCUGGGCUGCAGGUGCCAGAUUGGGGUUGGUGGUCCCCUGUCAGUAUCCUGAGCGAAUGCAGUGAACAGUGAUGCUGUGUUGGUUAGAAAAUAGGGUGUUUUUUUUCAAGAAAGAAAUCAGCUCAGCUGUCCACUAAUUGCCAAAUGCCACUAAAGGAUUUAGUUUUAAGGAGAAAAGAAAAAUUAAAAAAAAAAGGAGUUCUGUUUUGCUUUGCAGAAGAAAUGAACUUGCAGGGGAGCAUGAAGCCUACAGAGAGAAAUGUGUGAAAAGUAUAAACCCAAGUCAGUGCAGACGUACAUACACACCCUCCAUAGUCUCCAGCCUUGUUGUGUAUAAGCUGAUCUACUAGACGUGUAUGAGUGAGAGGCAAUAGCGUACAAACUGAUUUUUUUCAUAUAUAAUCAUAGAUUGUAAUUGUACCAGUGACACGAUGGAAGUACAAGGUAGGGCAGUUUUGACUAUUGUUUUUUCCACUUUCCUGCUUCUAUGGAUUUCAUUUUGUUUUGGUUUUUUUUUCCUAAAAGUUACGGUGCUGUAUAGGUGCUUUCUGUUUAACCUGGAACGUGUGAUCAUACUACUUACCCUUCUUUGAUAGAAUAGUGGGGAACACCUUUGGUACAUAAGAAACUGGUGUAACGACGCUCUGAUUAGCACAGCACAUGCAUACUUCUCCAAAGUGAUAUAUGAAGAUCUUUUCUUUGCAUAAAAUGCACUAGGCAUAUAAAUGUAUAAAUAUAUUUUAUCAUGUACAGUACAAAAAUGGAACCUUCUGCAUGGACGUUAGGAAUACAGGCUAGUAUUUCAGCACAGACCUCCCUGCAUGAGUUCUCGCUGCCUCUUACACCGUGCAGUGGGCACUGACUCCCUUCCACCAACACAGACGUGCUGCCCGACCCCCUGCACUCACCACCGGCUGCCAGGGGCCCCCUUGUGCACCUUCGCUUUAGAAUUCCUGUGGGGGUGAUGGUGGUGGUGAUCACAGCUCCUAGCACAAUGGAAGUUCCAUUUGGUAUUGUCACGCGUCUUUCCCGCCUCGCUUGGGUUGUCAUGUUUGAACGAUGGCCCUGUUGAUUUCACCCUGCCUUUUACUGAAUCUGUAAAUUGUUGUGCAAUUGUGGUUAUAGUAGACCUGUAGCCGUAUCGCUUUUUCUGAACUGCUACAAGUUUAUAAUCUUCAUUUUAAAAGUAUGUAUAAUUUUUUUAAAUAUGUGUUCUAUUCACGUGGUCUGCUUGUCAGAGAGACAGACUUUUGCUUACUAUAUUCCUUUAUAUAAUGCCAGCCGCUUCCUCGAUUCUUUGGUCGUCUGCUGUGCACAAGAACUGUCCGGUGUCAGCGAGAGGGCUGCCUCUCUGGGUCCCUCAGCAAUGCUGCCUGGGGUGGAGUGUAGUUCAGAGACAGCGGCAGUUGCUGAUGGGGAAAGGGAUGGAGGGGUGUAGGAUACAAGGGAGAAUCCAAAGUGCUUCCAACAGGAGAGCCCUGAGAAUCUCUCCUGAGUUCAAAGAAACAAGCAAACUAACAAAACAGCUCUUUGCCUUUGCAGUUUUAUAAACCCUGGGAGCUACUUUGGGAGAAAGAAAGGCAACCCUCAAAUGUGUUUUGACUUUAAAUGUUGCAUUCCUUACAGACGUGGGACAUCUCCUUUAUUCUCUCUUCCCCCAGUUUUAUUAGAUUUCAGGCAGAAUGUCUUACAGAGUGUCCUAGAAUGAGAUUAUAAUUUAGAACAGACGAGGGAGGGACAGAGCAGUAUGAGAGCAGAGCAGGAAAAUGGAGGGGAAGGGGUGCUUGGAAUUUUUUUUUUUUUUUUUCCUUAGUAACAGCAUCUACAUGUAGAGAGUUGUGGAGAGCUGUCAGGGCAAAGUCAAGUGCCAGCAUCAGUCCUAGGAGAAGGUCAGGACGGAAUAAUUAGGCCCGUCCAGGAGCACAGCAGCCCACACACAGCUGGCCACCCGCCCAGAGGCCAGCUUUCCCUAGCCCAGUGGGUGCUGACAUGGUCAGACUGAGCAGAGGUCCCACACAAGCCCCUGCCUCUUAUAUCGACACCUGCUUUCAGGAAGGACCACCUGUUGGCCACCAUGUGGGGUUCUGAGUGCCGUGGGUCCCUCACAUCGGAGCGUCUCAGAGGAACGCUGAGUAGCCUCCAGGGCCGGCUGCUGCCAUGGUUGCCUCCCGAUGAGAACGCUCCGAGGCCACCCGAGGCCUCCAGAUCAGCUGCUCCAGGAGGCCUUCCCCUUUCUGAUGGGAAAGGAGAAGAUAACUGAUAUUGCAAGCAUGACGUGUCCUGUGGCUCUGUUGUUCUCCUAGGACUCCAGAGCCUUUUACCAAAGUCGGAGGAGAGCUUUCUCACAAGCUUUUACUGUCCUGGAGUGGGGUCUGACUGCCGGUCCGGGUGCCCCGCCAACGGUGAAUGUUUCCUUUAGCGCAUCCUCUGCGAUGAUUGCUAACACCCAUUUCCUGUCCGCGGGAGAGUGGUGCGGGCACCUGUGGUACAAGGAGAACUUUGUGUGUUUGGUGUUGAGUUUUGACAUUACAUGUGUGUCACUUCCCCUCCCUGAGCUCACUGCCCAGGACAGAUAGGCCCAGCCUCAGGGUAUCAUUUCGGGGGGCUUCCAAACCUGACCCCGAUGGUAGGCACAGACUUCACUACUACCUAAUGAACCCCCCUCCCCACUUAAAGAAGAAGGGACGUUGGAAUCUCUUAGGAUUGUCAAGAGAAAAGCGGUCACAUAGCCAGUUCUGUUUCCAGCACGGACGCCACGGGCUGGGGAGGGGAAAUAAAAAGGUUGCCCUUUCUCUCUCAACGCAGAAACAGAGCUCUGGCAGCUCUGACCUCUGGUUUCCCAUUUCCUGCUGUAUUUGAGGAACAUGGUGUGAUUAGGCAUUAGGGUUUUUUUCAUUAUUAUUAUUAUUAUUAAGAAAAGCAAAUUUUUUUAAUAGAAAUGCAAUCACUGGCUAAGAGGUACGAAAAAGCCAGCCUCUUGUGGCGGUCAGGGCAGCAGGGCAAAGUGAAGGCUGUGUGGUCAGUCUGUCCAGUGAGGUCUGAGAGCAGAUGCCCAGGGAGUUGAAGAGUCUAUUAAUAAUUUUUGAUCUAAAUCUUUUGUGGGUAACAUUUUAUGCAGUUGUAAUGACUGAAGUACUUUUGUCUAAUUUUACUUGUAUGUAUUUUUCUUUGGUGGAUGAUAGGUGACAAGGCCUCUGCCACACUCCAGAGAUACCGUGUAUGUGCGGCUGCUUUUAAAAAUUGUGUGUCUGGUCAUUUCUCUAAAAUUAUCUCAUUGCCUGGCAAUCAGCCUUCUCUGGUAUACUUGUCCUAGCACAUUAUGUACACAAGAAAUGUAAACAGGUGUGAAGGAGGACCAGGAAUUUAGUUAAUAUUUUUAAAAAUGUAUUGUGUGUUUUUGGCUUCACAUAUUGAACAUUUUUUAAGAAAAAAAAAGUUGCAUGAAUGGGAAAAAAAAAUCUGUAUACAGUAUCUGUAUAACUGUCUUAUCUGUUUCAAUUUCUUGCUCAUACCCCAUACAACUAGACUUAAAUAUGGCAUGUGGCCACAUUCAAAACCCUGAGUCACACAGUCAAUACUUUGGUUUGAAGCACCUCAUCCUUUCUUCCAAAGCAAACACUAUCAUUGCAUCUUACUGAGGAUUUUGUCUAGCCACAUGUUGCCAUGAAUUAACUCUGCCAUCUUACUUUUCAAGAAUCAAAGCCAGUUUGAUUUGGGAAUCUGCCCCUUUCCAAAUAAAAUAGAGAUACAGUCCUUACUUUCCUUGGUAUUUGUACAUAUUGCCUUGUGUAUUCCACUUAAAACCGUAAUCUAGUUUGUAAAAGAGAUGGUGACGCAUGUAAAUAAAGCAUCAAUGACACUUUA